UAAGCUUAUAGCUAAGUUAUUAGUCCUAAAAAUAUUUCACGAUACGAGCGAUUGGCAAACUAACACAUAAAAACCCAUCCCCAUAUAGAGAAAAAUCAGCGUGUUGUUAUUAUUAAACCAAAAUUGGUUAAAAUACGCCAAGCGUGAAAUUUUAUGUCAAGAGCACCCAAAAAUGAGGAAAGGAAACGCAGCGUGCAACAAGAGCUGUCAAACGGGCCACGCGGAACAGAUCCGCCAUUUCGUUCCUAGCACCGUCGUGAACAGACGGAAAAAGUGCCGCUAAAAAAAUCGGGAAGUGGGGUUGCGUUCGCGGAUUUGCCGGAAAAAGCAGGUAAGCCCUACCGUGCAGUCCACCGAUCAUCUUGCGCUAACAGUUUCUCACCCCACCGUGCAGAAAUCCACUCCAGAGCGCGUGCCAGACGAGCCGGAAGGUACACCUUCAAUAGAUUUGGCCGAAGAAAAGAAAAAGGUAAGCACCACCCUGCAGUGCACCAAUAAUUUCGCAGUAUUGAAAAUUUCUGCAUCUUGACAGAAACCUAUCGACGAGACAAGCCGGCCAGAAGAGGUGGACAGGAAAAAACAAAAAGAGCCGCACAACCACGCUGCGGCUCUUUUUUCCCCCCUCACCUCAACUGCCUUCCGGCGCGGCAAUUUCGGGCGAGCCGAAGAAAAUCAGCAGCCCCCUGGUAGACCCCAGGAGGCGCCACAAGUGUAGGACGGAGGCACGAAUCAACCAAGACCAGCAGCCCCCUGGUAGACCCCAGGAGGCGCCACAGGCGUAGGGCCACAGUUCCCGCAGUGCUGCCAAUCGGCACUCCGAAUCGCCGAGCAGCACAACAAAACUCGGAGGCCCCGGGACUCUGCCGUGAAGAAAAGUGGAGGUCUUCCGGCAGAGAGGGUCCACAAGGGAAAGCAACAGCAACAGCGCCACCAAUCGGCCCCAGGCGUAGGGCGGCCGACCAGCAGCAACAGCGCCACCAAUCGGCCCCAGGCGUAGGGCGGCCGACCAGCAGCAACAGCGCCACCAAUCGGCCCCAGGCGUAGGGCGGCCGACCAGCAGUAACAGCGCCACCAAUCGGCCCCAGGCGUAGGGCGGCCGACCAGCAGCAACAGCGCCACCAAUCGGCCCCAGGCGUAGGGCGGCCGACCAGCAGCAACAGCGCCACCAAUCGGCCCCAGGCGUAGGGCGGCCGACCAGCAGCAACAGCGCCACCAAUCGGCCCCAGGCGUAGGGCGGCCGACCAGCAGCAACAGCGCCACCAAUCGGCCCCAGGCGUAGGGCGGCCGACCAGCAGCGACAGCGCCACCAAUCGGCCCCAGGCGUAGGGCGGCCGAAUAGCGGAAGAGGCACGAGGUGCCACCCGAUCGGCGCUCGGUCGAAAGGCGGCGGACGCAUGCCGGGCAGGCGAGGUGCCGUACAGUGGGAUCCAUUCGGCGAAAAUGCGGUGAGUACACGCUGGUUUGGGGAAGUGUGGGUGUGUCUUGCCAUAAUCCUUUGUAGCCAUCAUUUUUAUUCAUGUGGCAUCGCCCACGAAAAAGCCUCUUCAAUAAAUGGCGCCCAACAAAAACGAACCGCUUAAGUUUUGUUCGGGAAAAUAAAAUAUCAUUUGUAUUUGUGAUGAUAUUAGUAUGUUUUUGAUUGUAACAGUAAUUUAGUUAAACCUACUGUUAUGUUAUUAUUAUUAUCGCUCAAUUUUUGUAUCGUAUCGUAAUUUUGUAAUCUGUAAGUCCACAUUUGUCUGGUUUUUUGAUCCUAAUAAACCUAAUAAAGAAUGAUGAAUAAACAAAUUGAUUUGUAUCAUCUUAAUGAUGAGGAGAUGGAAUAUGAAUUGGCCUUGCGCCAUGUUUCAAAUCUAGCCCCAUGCUCUAGAAGAGCUAGGGUUGUCAAGUUAAAAGCUCUUGUCCAAGAGGACACCCUUAGAGACACCAUCUAUGUUAAUUCAGAACACGUAAUGUCGCCGGAGUUGAACAUCGAGGUCUGCCAGAGGGCAGUGGUAGAAUUGAGAAAUCAUGUUGAUUUAGCCACGCAGAAUAGAAAUGCCGAUCAAAUGGCUUGCGCGAAAUCGAGAUUGCUUCAUUACCGGCAAAGAUUAUCACUGAUUCCUGUGGUCGCGAGUUUAGAGGAAACGCGUAGGGUCGUGUGCGAGCUUGUAGAGACGCUGCUAGCUCAGAUAGAGUGCGUGAACAGUGCAGUCAAUAUGGUGUUAAGUGAAACAGAAAACACUAGCCUUUCAACUAGUGUCCCAACCAUCCAGGCAGAGAACAGUAGCAGUAGGGAUGCCUGCGAUGCGUUGACGAUUCCACCGAGGCCACAAGCAGUCGGAAAUGAUGAAGGAGCACGAGCACGGAUGCAAGAAGCGGAUGUCGAGCCGUCUUCUCUUCCAUUCCAAGAAGGCAGACAAGGACAGAGGGACUUGGAGGAAGUAAUCAUCCGGAGGUCGGGUAGUUCGGUUGGUCUGGCUGCUGUGAACGUUCUGGACGAACUGCGGUUCGACAUUCAACAACGACAAAGGAGGCAGCAGCAGUUGAACGACAGCUUUACAAACCGGAGUGGUAGCAACUACGACAGGCGGAUGCAGAAGGCGAUUCACAAUUGGCCUUUCAAGUUCCGAGGCGAAAAGGACACCACGUCCCUCAACAUUUUCUUGGACCGGGUGGAGACGUUUGCCAGAUCAGAGGGAAUCGACGAUCAGACACUUCUGGCUUCUAUCAAGCACCUGUUGCUUGAAGACGCCCUCGACUGGUACUCCAGAGCACUUGCCCAACGUCGUCUGUAUUCCUGGCAAGCAUUCAAGCAAGAAAUUCGACGGGAGUUUCUGCCAAGCGGGUAUGCGCAGAUCCUGAGGCUGGAAGCCAGCUUCCGUUUUCAAGGGGCCAACGAAACGUUCGAUAAGUUCUUCCGUGACAUCUCUACACUAUUCCGCUUCAUCGAUCCACCACUUACGGAAGAGGAGAAGUUGUUCAUAGUCAAGAAAAAUAUGAAUAUGGACUAUGCAACAAUAGUAACAGCCGCUCAGCCAAAGACAUUGAUGGACCUGGUCAACGUCUGCAGCAACUUCGACGAAACAAGGCUAUUGCUGAACCAGCAGCGCAGAAUUCCAAUUCCGCACAACCACUUACUAGAACCGAACUUCGCAACACCAGCAACAACAAGUCGGUCUCAGCAACACCAGCAGCAGCGUUUCGGGAGAUUGCAAGCAGUGGAGGCGGACGAGCAGUUGUACGGAGCCACAUCAUACUCAGCACCAUCGCAUCGGCUUCCAAUACAACAGCCACGCUUCAACAGAGUACAUGCGGUGGAGAACGAGGCCCAGCAAGGUGCGGCUUCAACGUCAGCUAUCCAAACUGAAGCAGAUCUAGUGGAUCCAGAAGAAGCAAACGGUUUGCAAGGGGACUUCAACCAGCUGUACGAGCAAGUUUGUGCCAUGAAGCUUCAACUGGAGCGCAGAUGGAAUCGUUUCAAUACAGGACUACAGCAGCAACACUCUCAACAACGACCGGAACAGCGUCAGCAACCGCCUACAAUUUCGGCAGCUCAGAACAAUUUGGUGAAUCGGCAAGGCAGUCAAGCGGAGAACUAUCGAAUACAACAUCCGUUGCAACAGCAAGCUAAAUGGGCGCCGCGGCAGCAGCUUCAACAGCAGCAGCAGCUUCAACAACAGCAGCCUCAACGGCAAUUCCAACAGCACUAUCAACCACAGCUCCAGAACCAGCAGCUUCAGCAAGCAGGCAGCAACAUGUACGAUCUAGAUCCUGUUCAGCAUACAGCGUACCGCCCAGCGCUUUGCUGGAACUGUGAUGAGGAGGGGCAUAGGUUUCCGGAUUGCACGAAGGCACAGGCAAUUCUCUUUUGCUACAGAUGCGGUCGAAAAGGUUACACGUUACGCAGCUGUCUUGUUUGUAACAGCGAAGCGGAAAACGCCGCAGCGAGGAGGUGGUAGAUGGAGGGCCA